GCCCGAGGCCGACGAGGGCGAUGCACAGGGUCAAGCACGAGCACCUCCCAGAGGUCCACGAGCGCAGCAUCUUUCCAUUCGGGCCCUCUCGGCCAGCUUCCCCGGCGCCGAGCCGCCUCAGCACUGGCACGCUCUCACGCACGGUCCAGCGGAUGGCGAGCACGACCUCGCACCCGCACACGCUGACGUCGCACGGCCUCGAGUUCACCGGAGAACCUGGUCCGGCGCUGAACGCUGGGCUCCGGGCUUCCCAGUUGUCGCGCAGUGGACAAGGUACGAUUACAGGCUCGCUGAGGGGAGACAUGGCCGGCCUCGACAAGACGUACAGCCGCCACAAUUACAGCGCGACGCACUCGUACGGGCACCAUAAUGUAGCGAACAACGUGAACCCGUUCCUCGCGCACUACAGGAUGCCGAAAUGGGAGACCACGAGCAAUCUGUAUGGCGAGCAUUACCAGCAUCCGCAGCAGACGUACACGCGCGUGCAGAGGAAUCGCAUGCCCGUCUUUCACAUCCAG